AUCUCAUAGUUAAAAUUUUUAAAUACUUGAAAGUAGAAAAAAUGGUAUAUUUGAGGGCUAAUUUUGCAGUUAAGCCAAAAUCGAAAUAUAUUACACAUAGACUAACUUGAACUGCCGAGGAAAAAAAGGAGGGUAAAUGGCGGCGGCGGCGUCGAGGGCAGUGUUGGUCUCACGGCCGGUAACGUUCGUAACUGGAAAUGCCAAGAAGCUGGAAGAAGUGAAAUCCAUCUUGGGUCAAUCCAUCCCCUUCCAAUCCCUCAAGCUUGACCUGCCUGAACUGCAAGGAGAACCGGAAGAAAUAUCCAAAGAAAAGGCUCGUUUGGCUGCUGUCCAGGUGAAUGGACCAGUGUUGGUUGAAGAUACAUGUCUUUGUUUCAAUGCACUAAAGGGUCUUCCAGGGCCAUACGUCAAGUGGUUUUUGCAGAAGAUUGGCCAUGAAGGUUUGAAUAACUUGUUGAUGGCAUACGAGGAUAAGUCAGCUUAUGCUUUAUGUGCGUUUUCUUUUGCCCUUGGUCCUGAUGUUGAACCUGUUACCUUUCUGGGAAAAACCCCGGGUAAAAUAGUUCCGGCCAGGGGACCCAAUGACUUUGGAUGGGAUCCUAUUUUUCAGCCUGACGGCUAUGUCCAAACUUAUGCGGAGAUGCCGAAGGAAGAGAAGAACAAGAUUUCUCACCGGUCAAGGGCUCUUGAUAUGGUGAAAUCCCACUUUGCCGAAGCAGGAUACAAUUUCAGCACCUCCAACUAAAGAGUGAGCCAUAUCUGUCUUUGUUGUUACCAUUGUAUGGUAGAUUCUUAGACUGUUACAAGCCUUCUCCACCAUGUUCACUUCUGAUUUCUAUAAAGGGUAUAUCAGGAACAGUGGAAACAGUGAAAGCAAGUUUCUCGCAUGGAAAACAUUGAAGAUUACAUUUUAUAUAAAUCUAUAUUCCUAGUGCUUAGUUUGGGAAAAAAAUCUCUGGUAUUAAAAAUCAUUGAGAACCGCAAUCUUAACACCGCGAAUUAUAAUUGAGCGCCAGUUUCAGUUUAUUUUGAACAAUUGAGUACUUCUCUACAAGUUGAAAUGGAUGUUCCUAUAUUGUCUUGAA